CCCCGGGGAAUAAAUUGUCAUCAACCAGCAGCUAGGUUAGCCAGCAAGACCAAGGAAGUGCUUGCACAGGCGCAGAGCCGCGAAUGGGCGGGGUCUCAAUCUUAGGAUCCACCCAGCGGUCACGUGCUUCCUCUCCCACCAGAGACAGAGCUGCGGUGUUCGCGGGAAACUUCUUCAUGGGGGUCUCCUAGGGUGCCGCCGUGCUAAUGUCGAAUUCAGGAAGGCUGGUCCUGCAGCCCUGGAUUCGAGAGCUGAUCCUGGGCUCGGAAACACUGUCAAGUCCACGAGCCGGGCAGCUGCUCAAGGUACUCCAGGACUCGGAGACUCCGGGCCCAUCUUCCGCCCCUGACACACCUCACACCGGGGCCGUGUUGCUUGUGUCAGACGGAACUCACAGUGUCCGAUGCGUGGUGACGCGCAAUGCCAUCGACACCUCCGACUGGGAGGAGAAGGAGUUCGGAUUCCGCGGGACGGAGGGUCGCCUCCUGCUGCUGCAGGCCUGCGGGCUCCGCAUUCAGGUGCCUCAGGACCAUGCGCCUGCGGAGUUCUACCUCCAGGUGGAUCGCUUUAACCUGCUGCCCACGGAGGAGCCCCGGGUACAGGUGAUUGGUUGCAAUCAGGAUUCAGAUGUGCAGAAAAAGCUCAAUGAAUGCCUUGAGGACCACCUUUCAGAGUCUGCUUCGUCCAGUGCAGGCCUAACCCUGACUCAGCUUCUGGAUGAGGUGAAGGAGGACCAGGAUCACUGGGGAGCCCUAGUGUGUCUAGCUGAGAGUUGCCUAAUGCUAAAAGGUCCUUGCAUAGCAACCCCCCUCACCCACUGGACCACCUCUCGCUCCCAGGCCACGGGAGAAGCUGUGUACACUGUGUCUAGCUUGUUGCUGCACAUCCCUGAGGAUGAGGAACAGAUUCUGAGUUCUAAAGGCUCAAGUCAGGAUUCACAGGAAACCCCUGCUUCCCUCAGUCACAUGCCCCCGGAGGAAAGCGGAGCCAGCAUUAGCCUUCUGUCAGCUUUGGCCACAUCGGACCCUGAGCAGAAGGACAACCCCCAGCCUCCACCAGCUGUUGGCUCAGCCUCCCCAAGAGCUCAGGCCCCCAAUUCCCCACCCUGCAGUUCUACACCCAGCUCCCCACUCUUGACCUGCACUCCCAGUCUCUCACCUCUUCAACAUGCCCCUAGUUCAUGCCAGGCCCAAGAGACCAGAGCCCAGGCUCAUAAGCUGGAGUUCAGGGAGCUCCAGUGGCCCACCAAGAAACGGCAGCUUCUUCCGAGAACAGGGGCCCAUGAGCCCUGCUCUGUGUGGGAACCCCCAAAGAGGCAUCAUGAUACUUCUGAAUUCCAGUAUAAAUAUGAGAAACCCUCUGCUUCCCUCCAUUCUCAGGUCCAAACUGCCAGGCUGUCUCCUCAGCUUGUAGCUUGGGCCUUGAACAUAGUGAUGGAGUCAGAGGCUGAGUUAACGCAGGUAUGAGGAGUCACUGAGACUUAUCAGAGGAUGUGUACACAUGGGCCUACGGACAAACAGUAUUCCACACUCUGUUUCAUUCAAAUUUUUUAAUAAAAUAAUUUCAUGCGGCAGGAGAA